CAUUCCUCGCUCAAUCCAUCCAAACCCUAGCCUCUACACACCUCCUUUGGCAUCCGCUUCUACUUUCCUCCACACGACAAAUUCAUCCAGAUCCCUUUCGCCGGAAUAGCUGCCGGAGGCCGGUGACCGGAGGAGGAUUUGCCGGGAAAUUUCGUCGAGCGCGUGGAGCAGACGCUCUGUAAGAUACAUGUUUUUCGAACAACUUGAAAGGGAUCGAAUCCCCCGGAGAUCUGCCGUACGCCGGUGCACGUCAUGGCCUCCGCCGUCUUAGCCAGCGGCAAUGAAUCGAGCUGGGCGCAAUCUGGUGGCGGAUUCAUGGGGAAAUUACCUUACUUGAACCCUAACCCUAACCCUAACCCUAACCCUAAGAAGAAGCAGAAGCAAUUUCACCCUCAAGCAGUCAACGGCGGCGGCCGUCAGAACCACGACAAUUCGCCGGCCGUUACUCAGACGGCGUCCGACGAUGCCUACUCUUUCAAUCAAAUUCCAACAACUGAAAUCAACCGAAACGGAUUCAACCAUGGCCGGUAUAUGACGUACAACGUCACGUCCUAUACCAAAAGCGAGCUGUCGGAGCUGCGGAAACGCCUGCUUUCUGAGCUGGAGCAGAUCCGAAACUUGCGAGAUCGAAUAGAGUCCGGUCAUUUCAGCGGCUGCAACAGCGCUCACAAUCCCAAAUCUCACGGAAAAUCCAAGAAACUGCCUGGCAAUAAAAGGCCAAUUCCUGUAGGAUCCAAUAAAGAUCCGAAAAGAUUUCCUAACGGCAUAGAUAGGGCACCCGGCGGGAAUGCUGGCAAUAGCGUGGAUAAUGAGGGUUUGAUGAAGGAAUGUAGGCAGAUUUUGACGAAGCUGAUGAAACAUAAGAACGGCUGGAUAUUUAAUGCACCUGUUGAUGCAGUCAAUUUAGGGCUUCACGAUUAUCAUCAAAUUGUGAAAAGGCCCAUGGAUUUGGGGACUGUGAAAUCAAAUAUGGCCAAAUAUCCUUCCCCUGCUGAAUUUGCAGCGGACGUGCGGUUGACUUUCAAUAAUUCUCUGUUGUAUAACCCUAAAACGGAUCAAGUCCAUGGCUGGGCUGAGUUUCUUCUGGCCAGAUUUGAGGAAUUGUUCAGGCCGAUCGAGGAGAAAAUUGGUAAUCGUAGGGGGUUUUCUGGUGGCGGCGGCAGUGGUUUUGGUGGUUUGGUAGAAGAAUUGCAGGGAAGUUCUUGGAAUCACAUUCCAACACCAGAAAGGGCAAAAAAACCUAAAUCUAGCCCUGUUGUAAAGAAGCAGGAGAGAAUGCAGGCUCAUUCUAGUGCUUCGACCCCUUCCAAUCCCCCACCUCCCUUGAAUCCUCCAAAAGCACAAUCCCCAGUACCAACCCCUUCUCCUGUGAGGGCUCCUCCUGCGAUGCCAUCACAGACAGCUGUAAGAGCGGCAAUGACGAAGCAGCCGAAGCCAAGGGCUAAGGAUCCGAAUAAGAGAGAGAUGAGUAUGGAGGAGAAGCAUAAGCUUGGAAUUGGGCUGCAGAGUUUACCUCAGGAGAAAAUGCCACAAUUGGUGCAGAUUAUACGGAAGAGAAAUGAGCAUUUGGCGCAAGAGGGUGAUGAAAUUGAGCUCGACAUUGAAGCCCUCGACACAGAGACUCUUUGGGAGCUAGAUAGAUUUGUCACCAAUUGGAAGAAGAUGGUUAGCAAAACUAAGAGGCAGGCAUUGAUGAUGAAUAACAACAAUGCAGCAGCUGUACCAAGUACCUCCAAUGCGGAAGUUGAUGGGGGUGCGGUUAGUGAAAGGAAUGAUUCAACAAAGAAACCCAGGAAAGGUGAAGCUGGUGAUGAGGAUGUGGACAUCGAUGAUGACAUGCCUGCAACGAGCUUUCCCCCAGUGGAAAUUGAGAAAGAUGACGGUGUUGGUCAAGAUCAUGGCCAUGCCAGUAGUAGUUCUAGCAGUUCCAGCAGCUCAAGCAGUGAUUCUUCCUCUUCCAGUGAUUCGGAUUCAGGUAGUUCCUCUGGGAGUGACUCGGAUGCUGAUGAUGCACAAUCUUGAACCGAGUUGUGGAAAAACUGCUGAAUUGGGUAGUUGCUCCCUUUGUGGGUUUCGUUCCUUUCAGGUUGGUUGUUUCAGGAGAAGGUAUUUACACCCUUCCCUCCAUUGACACCCUUCCAACUUCUGCCGAGUUUAUAAGCCCGGGCUCAAGUAUUUUGAUGAAAUUUUGCAGAGUCAUGAAGAUCACGCCAACUUGUAUAUCCCAGAGGGAAGCCCAAGAUUGGAUGAGCUUUGGCUGAGGAAAGACGAGUGAGUGGUAGUUAGGUUUUGACUUGCAGUCUUAUACUCCUACACUGGGUCUGAGGAGACUGGCUUUGGUUACCGGUGGUGAAUGAUAAGAUAAUGUAGGUAGUUGAGAUGCCCCCUUGUACAGUUUUACCGCUCUAAUAUAGCUUUGAUCUGUCUCAGUUUUAUUGCUGUGGGGAUAAGACAUUUUGCGCACUAGCAAAUUGCAUUAUGCUUCUAUGUAGUUUCCCAAGUGCCUGGUCACAAGAAUUAGUGAUCAGGAGUAAAAAUUUUGAGUACAUGCAACUCAAAACUCAGAUUGAUUGAAUUGUAUAAAACAAGCUUUCCCUAAA